AUGAUCUCGCCAACCCCGCGAGUUGCAGUUGAGGAUCCCACCAACCUCCUGCAUCGCCUCCAGCCAUUCCUGCGGACACUUUCUCCGGUUCCGCCCAGGCCAUCCGUCUCCGAAUCUUACCUCGAGAAAGAUUUGGCGACAUGCUCUCUCGCCUAUCUCCGAUUUGAUCGAGUCCGCCGGCCCCUGGAACCACCCUACGAUGGCCCCUUCCGAGUUAUCUCUCGUGGGACGAAGAACUUCCGCAUCCAACGCGGCACUCGCGAGGAGGUCGUGAGCGUGGACCGUCUCAAAGCUGCCGUCCCAGACACUACUCCGGAUGAGCCCUGUGGUCCCCCACCCCCUGCUCCGCCUCCGCGACCCUCUAUCCCUCCGUCCCGUAUACUUCCUUUGCCCCCAUGUCCGCAACCCACAACUGCAACUACUCCUUCAUCAACCAACAACACUGUAACCGCGAGCCAUACUCACUCUACUCCUGUGCCCCCUGUAUAUAUCACCCGUAGUGGACGCCAUGUUCACUUUCCUGACCGUUUCGUUACUCAUGUUUUUUAGACAUCAACAGUUCCUUGGGCGCCGCUACGCGCCACCUUCGGUCUAGCCGGGGGGUACUGUGGCGGUUCGCUUCUCCUUGCCUUCCGCCUUUGUCACGCUGCUGUCCUGUCCGCCUCACACUCCGUGUCGAUACGCUCCUGGGACGCGCGAGUGCUCAAAGCCAAUCAACGCUGUCCCAACUCUGAUUGGCUGGCGGACGUGGAGACAACAAAGGGCGCACACACGCGCAGACACAACACCUCGAGGGCGGACGCAGACAACAGCUUGCUUGGAGCGCGCUUGCGGCGACUGCCCACACAGCCUUUGUGUACACGCUUUCCAAGCAGUAACGUUUGUCCAACUCAAACCGUCUUCCCUGACUUUUGA